GAUGAUUUUCCAAUUGUUAUUGCUUUUAGAUUUCGAAAUAAUAUCGUUAUGUUUAUUUUUUCUUUUUCUGUAUAUCUAUGAUUUUAGUAGUUGACUCAAUAAUUUUUUUUUUGUGGAAUCAUCAAUGGGUUCUUUACAUCUAUUUAAAUUUUAUUUGAAUAUCUUUUUUUCAUAGUCGUAUUCAUUGAUUUGGGGUUUAUUGAGAUUUGUUUCACUAUGAUUGCUACCUCGAACUUAAUAUUUCGUAGAUUCGUUUUAAUUAAUUGUAAUUGUAGGUUUUGUUAUUGCAAUGUCUACACACCAAUCUAAGCGAUUAAAAAAUAGCACAAUUGGAACAUUUUUUAAGAGUGUCAAUGAAGUGCCGAAGACACCUGAUGUUGAUAGUUCCGUUGUUGUUGACCGAGAAAUAGUCGAAACUUCUGCUCAUAAAGAUCAAUUUUUUGCUCAUCAAGUUGAACAGGCUGCUGCAGUUGAUUCUAACCAGGAAUUAAUUUUGGAACGUGAUCCGGGAAAACGUAUGCAAAUUUGGCAGUAUCGUGUUAACCAACAAGAUGAAAUUCGACGGUCUUACAUCAAAAUGGGGCCAUAUCAAUUUUACUUAUCCAAAUAUCCCUAUUCAAAUAAUACCAAAUAUCCAAGGAGAUUUCAGCACUCUUGGUUUGCCCAAUUUCCAACCUGGUUAGAGUACUCACCUACAACAGAUGCUGCAUAUUGUUUACCUUGUUAUCUUUUUGCAAGUAAGCCAAAUCCACGUUUUGGGGCAAAUGCAUUUACUGUGGCAGGAUUUCGCAAUUGGAAAAAGGUUAACGACAAAAAGAAGUGUGCUUUUCUAAGUCACGUGGGAGAUCAUUCUUCCACACAUUUUGCUGCAGUAAAAUCAUGUGAGGAUUUAAUGAAUCAAUCUCGGCAUAUUGACAAUGUUAUGAUGAACCAAAGUGCAGAACAAAUACUUAAGAAUCGCUUGAGGCUGAAAACAUCGAUUGAUUGUGUCCGGUGGCUUGCAUAUCAAUCAUGCCCUUUCCGGGGACAUGAUGAAGGGCCAAAAUCAACAAAUCCGGGCAAUUUUAUCGAAAUGGUGAAACUUUUGGCAAGGUAUAAUGAUAAAGUAUCUGAAACAGUUUUGGAGAAAGCUCCUCAUAAUGCUAAAUACACGUCUGGCAAGAUUCAGAAGGAGAUAUUGCAUAUCAUUGCUACAAAAGUGCGAACCAAAAUUCGUGAAGAUAUUGGAGAUUCAAAAUUUUGUAUUCUUGUUGACGAAGCACGGGAUGAAUCAAAAAAAGAGCAAAUGGCUCUUGUUUUGAGGUUUGUCAACAAAGUUGGUGUUCUUCAAGAACGUUUUUUUGAAAUCGUAAGUGUGAAAGACACUGCUGCAUUGACUCUUAAGUGUGAGUUAUCUACUAUUCUUUCUCAUCAUGCAUUAAGUGUAGAUAAUCUUCGAGGUCAAGGUUAUGAUGGGGCAAGCAACAUGCGUGGUGAAUGGAAUGGGUUACAAGCAUUAUUUUUGAAAGAUUGUCCAUAUGCAUACUAUGUGCAUUGUUUCGCUCAUCGACUUCAAUUGGCUCUAGUUACAGCAUCCAGGGAAGUGAUUCUUGUGCAUCAAUUUUUCACGAAGUUGGAUUCUAUUGUCAAUAUUGUUGGUGCUUCUACAAAGAGAAAUGGUGAGUUAAUUACUGCACAACAGGCUGAAAUUUCUCGUCUAAUAUCGAUUAGUGAGCUUGAGACUGGUAAAGGAGCUAACCAGAUUGGUACUUUACAACGGGCAGGUAAUACUCGAUGGGGUUCUCACUUUUAUUCAAUAUGUAGCUUAUUAAAAAUGUUUAAUGCUACUGGUAUUGUGCUUCAAAGUAUUAUAGUUGACGGUGCAAAUUUUUCUCAACGUGGUGAUGCUGAUUCUGCUUAUUCUACCAUGACAUCUUUUCAAUUUGUCUUUAUUCUGAUUUUGAUGAAAGAAAUUAUGGGAAUUACUGAUGUUCUUUGCCAAGCAUUACAACAAAAGUCUCAAGAUAUCUUAAAUGCUAUGAAUCUGGUUUUAACGACAAAGCAACUCCUGCAGAAAUUGAGAGAUAAUGGAUGGGAUGCUUUUCUGAGUGAUGUUACAUCAUUUUGUGAAAGCCAGGAUAUUGAGAUGCCUGAUAUGAAUGGUGCUUACAAAGUAGGUCGAGGAAAGUCGAUUCAUCAACCUCGUGAUAUUAAUAUUACCAUUGAACAUCAUUUUCAUUUUGAUAUCUUCAAUACCACAAUAGACACUCAGUUGAAAGAGUUGAAUAGCAGAUUUUGUGAUCAAACAGUGGAACUCUUGACUCUUAGCCUCGCUUUAGAUCCAAGUAAUUCAUAUAAGUCGUUUAAUGCUGACGAUAUUUGCACUCUUGUUGAAAAAUAUUAUCCUGAGGAUUUCACUGAACGAGAAAGACUUCUCUUGAAGUUUCAGUUGCAGCAUUAUUAUCUCGACGUGGUCAAACAUCCAGAUUUAUGUCAGGUACCAACUUUAGCAACAUUGUGUGAAGGGUUAGUGCAGACGAAAAAGUCUGAAAUAUAUUACUUGGUUGACAGAUUGAUUCGCCUGAUCUUACUUCUUCCUGUUUCUACCGCUACUACAGAGCGAGCAUUUUCUGCUAUGAAGCUUACUAAAACUAAACUUCGAAACAAAAUGAAGAUGAGUUUCUUGGAGAUUGCAUGCUCCUACAUAUAGAGAAGGAUAUUGCUGAUACUUUUAGCACAUAUUCGAUUAUAGAAGAUUUCUAUGCAAUGAAAGAUCGUCGAGUUCAUUUUAAUUAAUUUUGUUUUCUAAUUAUUUAGAAUUUUUCGUGGGACAAAAUAUACGAUAGUUUU